CGUACGAAAACAAACGGCAAAGAUGGCGUCAAAUUCACAACGGAUAUCGAGACAAACAUUUGGGACAACGGACUAGAAUCUGUAAGUCUGGACAGAGUAUCCUCUCUGACCUGACAUUAUGCCAACGGAAAGACCGGCGGCAGUCACUUCGGAGCGGCUCCGGUAUCAUGACCGACCCAGACGGAAGGACAGUGGGCAGUCCAAGCCCUCCCUGCGGGCCUCACACCCCCGAUCAGCGGCUACUGCAGCCAAGUGCUGCGAGGAUGAGAUCAACAGACUGAAGGAGAUAAUCUGUGCUCUGCAGGCUGAGCGUCAGCAACAGCGCUCCAGGGAAGAGGAGGAGGGGGACAGGCUGGGGGUUGUUGGACAGGAACCGCGGGGGCCCGAGGAGCUACGAUGGAGGGUCAACCAGCUGGAGAGAGACAAGCUGGAACUAACCUCCAAACACAAUGAACAGGUAUCCUCUCUAGAGGGCCAGGUGGCCAGGCUGAGAGCAGCACUGGAGAGAGGAGAGGCACAGAGACAGACUCUUGAGUAUGAUAUGGCUGUAGUCAGGAAGGAGGCUGGAGUAGAGAGAACUAACCUCCAGGAAAACAUGGCUGCUCUCUGCAGUCAGAAUGAACAACUCAUGGAGCUGCAGCAGAGAGUGUGUGUCCUUCAGAAGGCUCUGGAGAUAACGCGGAUGGCCCGGGAAGAGGACCAGCAUGCAUUGCAACAGGAAGUGGAGGAGCGGGACGGACUGGUGCUGAGCGCUAACACAGAGAAUGAUCAGCUCACCGCUGAGAACAAACACCUACACACCCUGCUGCAGAAUCAGGAGGAGACUCUGCAGGAGCUGAAGAGGAGGAUGGGGGAGGUGCAGAGAGAGAGGGAGAGAGACGGGGAGGCACUACGACGUCAGACCAGCGAACUGGGCUACAUCACAGAGAGAGAGGAGAGAAUGAAGAAAGAACUAGAGACCGCCCUACAGAGAGUCAAGACUCUAGAAACCAACAUAGAGUCUGAGAGAGCUGCUCACCUGGAGUCUAAAUUCAACUCUGAGAUCAUACAGCUGCGUAUCCGUGACCUGGAGGCAGCUCUACAGGUGGAGAAGUGUAGCCAGGCUGAAGCCGUGUCCAGUCUGGACAUGGUCAAACAACAGUUCAGAGAGGUGGAGCGAGCCUACAGCAUAGAGAGAGACAGGGCACGGGACUCUACUGGCAGACUGGCACAGCUGGAGAAGGACUACCUGAGUUCUAAGGCAGAGUUGAGUGCAGAGUUGGAGAAAGAGAGAAGAACUGCAUCACAAGUCCGAGACCAACUACAGGAACUACACACGCUACAUACGCACAGCCUGACACAGCUGGACAUGGCUCGUAAGCGUCAGGUGUUACUGGAGGAGGAAUUUGAGAGCUAUCUUAGAGAGUUACAACAGCUACUGCAACUACACACCGCUGUAGGGCCCCUCACUGCUGUAGGACAACAAGAAGAGCCUGUUGGAGACGGAAGAAAUCACAACCCCUCUACUAUCAUGAAGAUGCUGGGGACAACCCUGACUACAUACCAGACCACCCUGGACCAGACUACUACAGAGGUAACCCUCCUAACCCUGACUACAUACCAGACCACCCUGGACCAGACUACUACAGAGGUAACCCUCCUAACCCUGACUACAUACCAGACCACCCUGGACCAGACUACUACAGAGUUACAGCGUCUGAGAUCCCAGUGUUCUGAAAAGACGCUCCAGACCAACCGACUACAGACUGACUUACAGACGUCCCAGCAACACUGGGAGAGGGAGAGAGAAAGGGAGAAGCAGAGAGAAGGAGAGGGUAGAAAACGAGGGAAGGAGUUAGGAGAAGGAGGGAGGGAGGACCGUGGUUAGUUGCAGGCAGAAGUUCAGAGGAUCAGACAACUCAAUCAGAAAGAUUCUCAGGAGAAGUUGUCGUUCCUUCACGGUCUGUUCCAGCGUCUGUUGGCGGGCUGCGUCCUCGUCUCCCAGCCGCAAUGCAUCCUGGGUAGUUUCUCCUGGGCGGAGCUCUGUGAUGUCAUAACGGAACACGUCGACACCCUCACCUCUGACCUUACACGCGCCAACGAGAGGGUGUCCCACCUGCAGGCUGUGUGUGAGAGUAACAGUGUGUGUGUAUCUCAGCUGCAGCAGAGCCAGGAAGGGGUGUUAGUGAGAAUAGAGGAGACAGUGAAACAGAGAGAAGAGACCUGGACAGCACAGAGACAUGAGAUGGACCAGCAACACGCACACACUGUUACACUGCUACAGGGGAAGAUACAGAUGUUCGGUGCUCAGCUUGAGGAGGCCCGUCAGAGACUAUCCUCACUAGAGAAAGAACGCAGCCAGCUGACCAAUGACCUCGCCAUGCUCCAGAAAACCCUAACCCAGUCUGACCUCCAGGGGUCAACCCUGCUCUCAGCCUGCACCCUACUGGCUGGGGCGCUCACACACCUCACACACGCCACACACACACUCCGCACACAGAAAACUCUCCUCGCGCGCCGCUUGGCGCAGCGAGAGGACCUAGAGAUGGAGGUUAGAACGCUUGUACAAGCUCUAGGGGAGGGAAGAGGAGAGGGGGAUGAGGAGAGGAAGGGAAGAGGGGUGAAGAGGUGGAGAAGGUGUGUGGUGUGUGUGAUAGCUGUGAACAGGUUGUGUGUGUUGGGACGGGGGAGCAGACUGGUGUUUAGGGUGGGUGGGCAGAGGUACCCCUCUAUAGGAGUUCGUGUUUCAGUCGUCCCUCCUCUGGAGGAGAGGGAGAAGGACUCAACACCGCCACCUAAAGGUGAAGAGGAUAAUGACGAUGAAGGGAGAGGAGGACUGUGUGUGAGGUGGCUUCGUCGUAAAGAUAUCUCCUUCUUCAUCAUGUCUUCCAUGGCUGAACUACAAGAGGCCUUAGCCUUAGAGCACACAGUAUCUUCCUCUCGGGUGGUAUUGUCUGCCGCUCGUAACAGUCUAUCCCGCCUCCUGGACCACCUCCUCACCCCCUCAGACCGAGGGUCCCAUCUCACACCCUAUAGCGUGAACAAGGGUUCUCUGGUUAGUAGGCUGGGACAGGGCUUACACCUACUCACAGCCAAACAGAUGAGCAAUAAGUGUCUGGUGGUUUCGCUGCAACAACACUUCCUGGUUUUCACCCACCGGCUGCACUCCGCUGAGGUGGAGAGGCGGAGCCUGAGGUUAGAGGUCGCACGCCUCAAACGUGUCACCAAGGGCGACCGAGGACCGUGCCACCUGGUGCCGGCAGAGCGGUUUGGCAGUGUGUGUGAGGAGUUGAGACAGGCCUUACAGAGAGAGGAGCAGGCUCAGGGUCUCCUGAGACAACAGUCUGACCAGCUACACACACUGGGGUUACGCAUGGACACACAUUGUGGAGAAGAGAGAGAGAGAGAACACACACUCUCACAGGCCGUACAGAGUCUGUCGGAAGCUCGUCAGGAGGUGCGUCAGAAGGAGCAGUCUCUAAGGGUUCUGGGUAAACACCUGUCGGGGCUACAGCAGGAGAAGAAGAGUCUGGAGGAGAGUGUCAGACACGCGGAGGAUGCACUACGCAUGGCAGCCAAGCGCAAGGACUCCCUGGCCAGCUACAUGAGAGCAGUAGAGAGCAGCUACAGAGAGGUCAGAGACCGUAUCGUCCAAUCACGAUCCACCUCCACUGACAAGGACCUCCCUCUGCAGUUACCAAGAGUGCACCUGGAUCUGACUGGACCAGAGAGGUUGCUGGGAGGGCCGGACGUAGCCGCCUGUCAGAGCCUGGUGGGGACGUUCUCUGAGUUAUACCACGCAGCGUUCUCCAGGAUUGGCUCGAUGGAGAGGGAAAUCUCCGCCCACCAAAGCCACGUUUCCGCCCUCCGGAAUGAACUACACGAUGCCUGUCUCAGGGAGGACCUCUGUUUCAUCCCUGUGUGCGAUUCUCAAUCGUCAAUGACCCCUCAACCAGACGACCUCUGUCAACUCGUCGUUGACCCUGAAGCCCCUCCUACCGAACGCACCAACGUUCUGCUGAGGGAGGCAACGGGCAAACCCAACCCUACCCCCUCCAUCGCUCCCUCCCUCCCCUUGUCAGACCCCCCUAAAAAGGCUAAGGGCAGUAAGAAGGUGCCCAAGAAGACUCGUUCUGUACCGUCCAAGGCUCCGUCAAGAAGAUAGACCACAGAAUCACUGUUAUGUGUUACAGUGUAUCAGUUAUGUGUCACAGUGUAUCUGUUAUGUGUAUCUGUUAUGUGUAUCUGUUAUGUGUUACAGUGUAUCUGUUGUGUGUUACAGUGUAUCUGUUAUGUGUAUCAGUUAUGUGUUACACUGUGACACAUAACUGAUACACUGUAACACACAACAGAUACACUGUAACACAUAACAGAUACACUGUAACAGAUAACAGAUACAGUAUCAGUAUCUGUUAUGUGUAUCUGUUAUGUGUAUCUGUUGUGUGUAACAGUGUAUCUGUUAUGUGUUACAGUGUAUCUGUUAUGUGUUACAGUGUAUCUGUUAUGUGUUACAGUGUAUCUGUUGUGUGUUACAGUGUAUCUGUUAUCUGUCAAUAUCCACGCUACAGAUUCCUUCUAUAGUGUAUAUCUGUCCUUAAUGAAGCGUUUUGAUACUGUCCUUAAGACUAUGAAGAAGUAGACAUUUAUUUUAGCUGAAGAAAAGAAAAGGAUAAAGAUCUGUUUUUGUUACAUAAAUCAGUAAACCUUUUUUACCUGGAAAA